AUGAAUUCUCCUAGCAGUCCAAAUAGUAGGGUGAUUAACAAUGAAUUUCGUUUAAAGAAAAAAAUAUCAGCAGGAUCAUAUGGAAUAGUAUUUGAGGCAGAGAAUAUAAUAAAGAAUUAAAUGGUAGCAGUGAAAAUAGAGAAAAAAGAGAAGAGUUCAACUUUGAAUAGAGAAAUUCAUAUAUUAACAAGAUUAUAGGGUACAUAAGGAGUACCUAAAUUAAUUUGGAGUGGAACAGAUAAUAAUUAAAAUGUGUUAGUGUAAUAGUUAUUGAGUAAAGAUAUUGGGGGUUAUUUAAAGGAGUAUAGAAAUUUCUCAUUGAAAACGGUGCUAAUAAUAAUUGAUUACUUAUUUUAAGUAAUUAGGAGAAUUCAUAACAAAUCAGUAGUUCAUAGAGAUUUAAAACCAGAAAAUAUAAUGUACCAUUCUAAGUAGAUAUUUAUUAUUGAUUAUGGGAUAAGUAAGUUGUAUAGAGAUAAUAACUUAAAGCAUGUGUAAUAAUUUGAAUAAAUUUGAUAUAGUCCUUUUAAAGAUGGAAGAUCUUUUGUAGGUACAACAAGGUAUGCUUCCAUAGCAGCUCAUAAGGGAUAUGAAAUAGGAAGGAAAGAUGAUUUAGAAUCAAUAAUUUAUAUAGCUAUUCUAUUAAUAAAUGGGUAUAAAUAAAUUAUUAAUUUAGAUUAAAGAUCUUUGCCAUGGUAAAAUAUGUUAGGCUAAAAUAAUAAGGAACGAUAAAGAUAAAUUGGUGAAAAGAAGAUUAAAAUGACUCCUUAAGAAAUUUGUUUGGAUUUGCCAAUAGAAUUUACAAAAGCUUUAGAGUAGAUAUAUUGAUAUAAAAUAGAUAUAUUAGAUCCUUAUAAUAUUAAAGCGAUCCUGAUUAUGAUUACUUGAUAUAGUUGUUUAGGAAAUUGGCAUAGUCAAGAAAGAUUGAUUAUGAUGAUAUCUAUGAUUGGACAAUUUCUUAAACACACAACUUAAAUCAAAAAAAAUAAGAGAACUCAAUUAUAUAUGUUACCUCUUUGUAAUAGUUUGAAAAAACUCCUAUUUCUCAAUAAAAUAAAUAGUAAAUUCUAUCAAAAUUAUAGCAAUUCAUUAAAAGUACCUUCAACUCAUGACAUCAUAUAAGAUAGAAAGAAAUCUUUGUAGAAUGAAUCUUAAAUUUAAUUACUCAAAAUCGAUGAUUUUAAUAAAUCAAUUUUAAAUACUUAUUAAUUGAGUAAUAUGGUAAAUGAUUUCGACUCCAAAUAAGAUUACAUAUCUGAGGAUGAUGUAAUUGAUACUUUGUUUACUAGAUACAAUACAUUAUAAAGUUAAAACAUCGAAAUGUAAUUUUAUCUAUUUAACAUAGUCAUCAUCAUCCUGAGAAUGAAUUAAAACCUUCAAGCUUAUUAGAAAAAUCAUGA